AUGCACACCCAACUCCUCCUCCUUCCCCUCUUGCUACUAGCAUUUCAAAUCCUCCUUCGCGUCACCAAGUCCCUCACAUCCCCUCUUAAGAAUGUACCAGGACCAUUCUGGGCGCGGUUCAGCAACCUAUGGUACUUCAACCGCCUCCGUCAUGGUCAAUUCGAGCAUGACAAUAUCAAGCUGCAUAAGCGAUACGGUCCAAUAGUGAGGGUGGGGCCGAACCACUAUAGUAUUAGUGACCCGGCUUCCAUCAAGACUGUCUACGGUACUGGCUCGAAGUUUGCGAAGUCGGCGUGGUACGAUGGAUGGAAACACCCGGCUCAGUGGACUGUUUUUGCAGAUCGGGAUAUUAAGAGACACGCCGACACUAGAAAACGUUUCACUGGUCUGUACUCCAUGAGCUCACUGGUCAACUACGAACCAUUCGUGGAUCACUGCGCAGAGCUGUUCAUGGCUCGCUUGAACGAGUUCGCUGAUAACGGCGAGACACUGAACCUCGGCCAUUGGUUUCAAUGCUACGCCUUCGAUGUGAUCGGCAACAUCACCUUCGGAGAACGCUUCGGCUUCCUAGACCGAGGCCAUGACAUCGACGGCACAAUCGCCGCCCUCCAAAAAGUAAUCAUGUACAGCACCCUCGUGGGCGUCUUCCCAGAAUGGCAUCCACGCCUCUUCAGUCCCCUCAGCAAACUCAAAUGGUCCGGCGCCGGCGGUCGAGCAUACAUUAGCAAAUUCGUGCAAGACAAGAUCAGUGCGCACGACCAAAAAGCCCAAGCCCAAGCCUCAGAUCUUCAGAAAAACGAGCCCCAACCCGAACAACCCCAGGACUUUGUCGAUAAACUCAUGCAAGCCCGCCAAAAGGACCCAGAAAAAGUGACCGACUACCACCUCUUCAUAAUGGGUCAAUCAAACGUGACAGCUGGGAGUGACACAACAGCCAUAAGUUUGUCGACGAUAAUGUGGCAUUUAAUGCGCUAUCCAGACGUACUUCAAACGCUGCGGGAGGAGAUCGAUGAAUUUACUGCUCGGGGAUUGUGCAGUUCGCCGAUGACCUUUAAGCAAAGUCAGGAGAUGCCCUAUUUCCAGGCUGUUAUGAAAGAGGCGCUGCGGAUGCAUGCUGCUACCGGUCUUCCCAUGUGGAGGACUGUUCCUGAUGGAGGGGCAGAGAUCGGAGGUCGUUUCUUUCCGGGCGGGAGUGUCGUUGGGGUUAAUACUUGGGUUGCGCACUAUGAUGAAAGUAUUUUUGACGAGGCAGGGACUUUUAGGCCUGAGAGGUGGAUUGAGGCUGAGGAUGACCCUGAGAGGUUGAGGGUUAUGAAUCAGAUGUAUAUGCCGUUUGGUCUUGGUUCGAGGACAUGUCUUGGGAAGCAUAUAUCUAUUCUGGAGAUGUCGAAGCUUAUCCCGAAACUUGUACAGGACUUUGAUUUUACGCCACUUAGGAAGACGUGGCGGACGGAGAACUUCUGGUUUGUUAAGCCUGUUGAUUUUGAAGUGAAAGUGCAGCGAAGGGUCCGCGGUCAGGUACUGUGA